UUAAUGGAAAAAAUCAAACCUUUUCCUAUUUCAGUUAUUAUUUAUUGAAAUCGUAUUUACUGCUAUUUUUCGUUUAACUCAGGUUAAACCGAAUGAUUCAGUAAACAAAUUUAGUAAAUAAAAUUGAAUGAUUAAAUCCAUUUAUAAAAUAUUGUAAACACUGAGUUAUCGUUUUUGUAACUGUCUUAUUGGUGAAAGCGUUUGUUGCUACUUGUAUUUUAAAAAUAUACACAAGAACAACAAAUGAGCAAAUAUCGAGCGGUCACUGUAUUAAACUUUGCUCUGUACUCAACUGUUUUGAUUGGUUGGAUAUUUGUAAUUUAUGCUGGCUAUGUAAUGACAAAGAAAAGUUUAGUAUAAUACAGAUGUUUUUGUGGCAGGAUGAUGAUUUAUAAGUUUUUACCAAGAAGAAUAUAUUUAUUAAUUUGGUUUAUACUUCUUGUGGCCACAGCUUUUAUGUUUAACAGUUAUAUUUUAUUCACCAUAAAAGAUAAAAUCCAGGUUAACAUCAUAAAUGUAUCAGAACUUAAAAGUGGUUGUUUUAAUGGAAAAGACAUAGAUUCUGUUGAAGGUCUUAGUGUUUUUUUAAAUUUUGCAAUGUUAAAUAAAAAUAAAAUGUGUCGACAAACUUACGACCUGUUUCAUUCUGUUUACAAUGUUCGAAUUAAGUACACUCAAAUUUAUAUUAGUAGUACCUUUAGGGAGAGGCUACAGAAAUGGCUUAAUAGUGAUCAAAGUCUAAUGAGAUCUGCAGAAAAUCAGUCAUUGGUGUUUAUUGAUAAUUUAUACUCUCAUGAAAGUGUUGUCUUUAAUCAAGUUCGUUCUAAUAGACCUGGUGUUUCAUCUAAUGGAACUUCAGUAUAUUUACAAGAGUUAAUGCUUUCCUCAAAAGAAGGAUGUGAUUUUUGUUCUUAUGAAAAGUAUACAGCAUUUGAUUCAUUUGGGUUUAUGAAGUCCAAAUAUGCAGUUAUUGUCUCUAAUGCAUUCAAAAUAGAAAUAUUUCAUGGUAUGUUGUUAUGGUUUCAGCAUGAUUAUAAAAGAAUCUCUGAAGUUGAAUAUAUGAGUGGAAUUAAUCUGGCAUUAAAAUGGUUUCAUAAGACACAUUCCCUAAUACCUACUCAUGAUUAUAGAAUAAUGUAUUGGGAUAUUUUACCAAAAGCAAGUGCUAGUCAAGUUCAUCCACAUGUACAUCUUACAUUGGGGGAUUAUUCAUACUAUUCCAAGUGGAACAGUAUGUAUCAUGCUGCUCUUCGUUACUUCAAUGAAAAUAAUGGCAGUGAUUAUUUUCAGCAAUUAAUAGAUAUUCACGAUCUUCUAGGUUUAGUUUUCAAAUUUGGCAAUGCAACACUAUUGAUAUAUUUGACACCACAAAAAGAGUAUGAGGUUUUAGUUAUAUCAAGAAAACCAUGUCAAGAUUUUUUCCGCUUGUCAUAUUAUACUUAUCAAGUAUAUAUAAAUGUUCUAAACGAGUAUGCUAUCAGCAGUGGGUAUGUAUUUCCUAAACUGAAUUCAAAUUCAAAAUUGGAAUUGCCAAUGAUGCUCAGAAUGGUUUCUAGAGGUCCUGCUGAUAACAUGAGGUCUGAUAUCUCAUCUUUUGAUCUUUUUGGAACAGCAAAUGUUAAUAGCGAUCCCUUUAAACUCAUGAAAAAAGUUCACUCAUAUUUAGUGGAAAGUAUGAAAAACAUUUUUCAAUUGGAUGAAGAUUGGUCACAAGAACAUUAAUAUUUGCAACAAUUGUAUAAAUGUUGUUACAGUUCUUUAAAAUCCAAAAAUCAUGUUUAA